GUCAUUGAACGCAGCACGGCCGUCCACUGUACUUGCCCUUUAAGUGAGGAUGAAAGCUUGUCGAGUCACUCGCCUCAAACACGGAGGCACACAACUCGCCACAGUCACUUAUUAGUCCAUGGAGGACACAUAACACGUCGACGAGGACUCGGACAGGUGUGGAAACAAUCACAAAGAACCAACAGCAGUCAUUACACAGGAAGAAGAUAAGACAAUAGGUCAGAGCGCAACGAUGGAGGAAAGUUCCACUGCCGUGAUGCUCGGGACCGUUCUGGUGCUUCCUGUUUUUGUCUUCGUCACGUCCUUGUGCUUCCGGCCCGGAGUGUUCAUCAACGCUUAUAACUGGUUCUGGCGCCGCAAGCUGGGGCUGACGGUGCGCUACUCGUACAGCGGGAGUUACCGCUUCUGUUACUUCUGUCGCGGGACGGCGGGGAACGCCGCGCCGUCGUUGCUCCUGCUGCAUGGCUUCUCCGCCGCCAAAGACAUGUGGCUGCCCUUCGUCAAGCACCUCCCCAGAGGCCAGCACGUGGUGUGCGUGGACAUGCCGGGACACGAAGGGACCAGUCGCACCGGCGCCGAGGACUACAGCAUUCGGGGCCAGGUUGCCCGAAUCCACCAGUUUGUGCAGAGUGUGGGUCUGGACAAAAGACCAUUCCACCUGGUGGGGACAUCCAUGGGGGGCAACGUCGCAGGAGUGUACGCCGCCACCUACCCUGCUCAGCUGUCUGGCCUCACCUUGAUGUGCCCGGCAGGUCUUGUCUAUCCCACCGAGUCCGAGUUCAUCAGCCGUCUGAGGGAGCUGGAGAAGAAUCCACAGCCGGCGUCCAUCCCUCUGAUUCCCUCUACUCAUCAAGAACUGGAGGACAUGCUGCGUCUCUGCUGCUUCAACCCCAUCAAGCUAUCGCGGCAGGUCCUGCGCGGUCUCCUUGACAACAGGCUCCACCAUAACGAUUUUUAUAGAGAAGUGUUCAUGGAGCUGGUCGAUGAAAAGUCUCGUCACUCGCUGCAUGAAAAUCUGCAUUUGAUCAAGACGCCCCUGCAGGUCCUCUGGGGUAAACAAGACCAGGUUCUGGAUGUUUCCGGAGCGUCUGUGCUGCAGGCGGCAGUGCCCGACAGUCAGGUGGUCCUGUUCGAUAACUGCGGCCAUACUUUAGCUUUGGAGCGGCCCAGACUGUCCGCCAAGCUCGUCAUGGACUUCCUGUCUGUACAGGAAGCCAACAACAAAGACGUUAAAGACCAUUCCUGAUGUUCUUCACUGGAGAUUGACCCUUUUAGAAAGAAGUUUAUUAUAUUUGCUAUAAAUGACGAUACAGAAUGUGGAAGUGAUGUUUUGUUUUCUAGGAGCAAAGAAACAUUUCAAAUGAAUUUUUCUUUUUUUCUCCUUUCUGUUAGUUUUAAAAUCAAUGAUUGAAAUGGUCCACUGUUCAUUUUUAUUGAAGCACUUCAGUUACAGACGCACACAUUCAGUCGUGUUAUGACUUGUAAAAUAAAUUUUAUGAUGAUAAGGAAAAUUGUUUUGAAUG